AUUUCAACUUCAUAAAUGCCAUCGGAUGCUGGUUUAAAGUACCUGAGUGGUUUUGGGAACGAAUUCUCCUCUGAAGACCCACGGUGUCCAGGAGCAUUACCUGAAGGCCAGAACAACCCUCAGGUGUGCCCGUACGGACUCUACGCUGAGCAGCUCUCUGGCUCCGCCUUCACCUGCCCACGACCAGCCAAUAAGAGAAGCUGGCUGUACCGCAUCCUCCCCUCUGUCAAACACAAGCCCUUCAGCCCCGCCCCCUGCGGCCACCUGACGGACACCUGGGACCAGGUGAAGCCCGACCCCAACCAGAUGAGAUGGCUGCCGUUCACCAUCCCCGCGUCCUCGGAGACCCAAGUGGACUUUGUGGCAGGACUCCACACCCUCUGUGGCGCUGGAGACACCCGAACCCGCAGCGGGAUCGCCAUCCAUGUGUACACCUGCAACACCUCAAUGGUGGACAGGUGUUUCAACAAUUCUGAUGGAGACUUUCUUAUCGUACCCCAGCAGGGGGAGCUCCUGAUUACAACAGAGUUUGGGAAGAUGUUGGUGGAGCCCAAUGAGAUCUGCGUAAUCCAGGCAGGGAUGCGCUUCAGCGUGGACGUGUCUGGGCCCAGCAGAGGCUACGUGCUGGAGGUCUACGGGGCUCAUUUUGAACUGCCCGACCUGGGACCCAUCGGAGCCAAUGGGCUCGCCAACCCCAGGGACUUCCUGUGCCCGGCGGCGUGGUACGAGGACAGGGAGGUGUCCACCGGCUACACCGUCAUCAACAAGUACCAGGGGGCGCUCUUCACCAGCCAGCAGGACUAUUCUCCAUUCAACGUGGUCGGCUGGCACGGCAACUACACGCCGUACAAGUACCACCUGGAGAACUUCAUGGUCGUCAACAGUGUGGCGUUCGACCACGCCGACCCCUCCAUCUUCACCGUGCUCACCGCCAGGUCCACGCGGCCGGGUGUCGCCAUCGCCGACUUUGUUAUCUUCCCGCCACGCUGGGGUGUGGCCGACCGGACCUUCCGCCCGCCAUACUACCACCGGAACUGCAUGAGUGAAUUCAUGGGGCUGAUCAAAGGCCACUACGAGGCCAAAGCAGAGGGUUUCCAACCGGGAGGAGGCAGUCUGCACAGCAUUAUGACCCCGCACGGCCCCGACACAGACUGCUUCGAGAAGAACACCACCUCCACUCUCGAACCAGAGAGGGUGGCUGAGGGAACCAUGGCCUUCAUGUUUGAGUCGUCCUUCAGCAUGGCUGUGACCAAAUGGGGCCUGGAAACCUGCCAGAGACUGGACAAGAGCUACUCCCAGUGCUGGGAGAACCUUCGCAGUCACUUCAACCCCAAUUGGAGACCCAGUAAGCAGUAGAGGCCAUGGAUGAAUAUACAGAGCUUGUCUAUAACAUAGCACACUUUGCCUAUUUGGUAAGGCGACAUACAUGAUUGACAAUUACAUAUGUUAAGUUUAUAGUU